ACAUUUUAAAAACGAUUCGGCGGCAAGUACACACGGGGACACAAAUGCCUUCUUACGCCUUUUCUCACACCUUCUCAUCUAAAUUUCCAAGGAAGAUUUUCGUUUUUUGAAGUCAUAUCCCACAUACAUUAUAUGGAUCACCGAGAGAUCUUUUCGACAUCUAAGCUAAACAUCGAGGUGGGGAUUGAUUUCGGGACUGAGUGCGUGGAUCGUGCAUGUCCGAAGUCGGCGAUUCACAAAUCACGGCGAUGAAGAUGAGCAAAGUGGGCAACCAGACCAAUUCGCAGGACCCACAGGCGGUGAAUUCACGCGUUUUCGUCGGGAACCUGAAUACAUUUCAAUGUAGCAAGACUGACGUGGAACGAAUGUUCCAACGCUAUGGCCGCCUGGCUGGAUCAAAUGUGUCUCUUUAUAAAGAGCAAAUCCAUAUCUAGAUCGGUGGGUUACCUGAUUUCAUUUAUCUUCCCCGCAUCUUAAUUCGUUUCAAUUAUACUUCGCGGAAAUUUAGCAGCCUGGCGAUUCCAUCGGAAUAAUUUCUUCGCAAUCCUUUCGCAAACGCGCGUGAAACGUUA